AUGGCCGAGACUAAUAGGUUACACUUUAACGAAGAGGCGUCAACGUACGACUCUAAACAUGGUAAGCUUAACGAGCGCCUAACGGAAGAGAUCCAAGCCCGAUUGGACUGGAUUGGCGUCGACUGGGCUAGCGACGACGAAGACGACGACGAUGAUGAUGACGAUGAUAAUAGCGAUGGAGAGGCAGAACCAAAGCCUAUCCAAUCUCGCAGGGAGGUACGGUUGCUUGACUACGCUUGCGGGACAGGCACAAUGUCGAGAGCAUUAGCCCCUUAUACGACGCAAAGCGUUGGUAUCGACAUAUCAGAAAAUAUGGUUGCAGCGUAUAACUCACGUGCUGAGAACCAAGGCUUAACUCGCGAUGAGAUGCAUGCUAUAGUGGGAGAUCUUGCGGCGGCAGAUGGACCGCAGCCUUCGGAACUUUUCGCAGACUCGCGUUUCUUCGGAUUCGAUCUGGCGACUGUCGGAGGUGGGCUCCACCAUUUCGCGGACCCGGAGCUGGCUGCCGACCGCCUUGUCGAACGUCUACGUCCCGGUGGCGUCUUACUGGUCUGGGACUUCUUACCGCACGGACCUCACCACGGACUUAAUGCGCAUGCAGUCUUACAUCACGGCCUCUCCGAGGAAAGGGUCCGAAAAAUGUUCGAGCAUGCCGGGGCCGGAAAAGGCUUCUCUCUCGAAGUACUCGGCUCCGGCCUCAUGCCCGGCCACUACGCGCAAGAGGGUAAGGAGCUUAUGAAGAGACAAAUAUUCCUGGCUAGAGGAGAGAAAGCUGCAUAA